AAAAUGUUUUAUGAGCAGGGCGUUAGAUCAUGCAUUGCCAAUAACAGAUUAAAUUUCCUCAUUUACAUUGCACGAGCCUUCUUUGUCAAUAAUUUUAUUUUUAUUUUAUGACAUUGUUUGUACCAUACAAACAAAGCAGGACCUGUUUGAAUCAAAUGUACUGGAAGACUAAGCAAUCAACAUUUAAUUCAAUUAAAAAGUGACAACAUUUUGAUACGGGGUUACCAUUGUUUAUUUUUUUUGUUACAGAAACAAUGUCUGGCUAUUUUGUCGCAGUUUUUUAUUUUCGAAAGCGAAAGAUUAAACUGUUUAAAAUCUUACAUGGUAUUUAAAGUCUCCUAUUUAUCUUAAGAUUAAAUUUCUGAUUUGCAAUUAGUGAAAUAAUGGAGCGUAUUGGAAAUCAUGAAGCGUUAAUUGUUUAUUGUUUUAAUUGGCAAUUUUUACGUAGCAUAAUGUCCCAAGGCAAGCUCAGCAUUGUACCGCCAAACUAGCUUCAUUAAAGACUUGACUAACUUGGAUUUCAAUAUGAAGUUUUUAUUUUGUCUUAUUUUAAUUGUAAAAGUGUAUUUGUCAAGUUGUCAAUAUUCUGGUAAUGUAGAAAAUCUCCGCAAUGCUCUUUCUAUUCCAUCAUCGAAAUCUAAUAUACGACCCGAAUCAAGUUUGAAUGUGAGUGUGGGACUAAAUGUUGUUAGCCUUCAUCUGGAUUCUCACAAAGAAACUAUGGCAGUUACAGGAAAGUUGACUAUGAUCUGGAAUGACCCUAGAUAUGCCUGGAAUGCUGGUACUUAUAGUAAUAUCAAUACUUUACUUCUACAAGAUGGAGACAUUUGGAAACCUGAGCUGGUUUUGGAAAAUAUGAUGGAUGAUAUAAAAGUUAUAUAUAAUGAGAAGGUAUACAGUCGAUUAUACAGCACAUCUCUUGUUGUCUUGGAGGUACCAGUCAAUGUUCUUGUCCACUGUCCUCUAGAUUUUACCUACUACCCAUUUGAUAAACAGACAUGUAGGAUAACACUAUCCAGCUGGUCAUAUGACUACAGUGAAAUGUCACUAUUCUCUCUUACUGAUAAGGUCAACAUGGACAUGCACCAAGAGAAAUCAGAGUUUGAAUUUGUUCAAUCAAAUGUGGAAACCACACAGAAAAGUGAUUCACAGUCUGGACAAUUGAGAACAUAUUCAACAAUAACAUUCUACUUAACUGUAAGAAGGCACACAGAGUUUUAUGGACUAGUCCUUGCCUUACCACUGGUUGUUAUAUCUGUACUGACGAUUCUCACAUUCAUGUUACCCAUUGAGAGCGGAGAGAAAGCACACUACAGUAUAACUUUGUUACUGAUGGUUGCAGUUUAUUAUGCUGCUGCCCUGGAAUAUAUUCCUGUGUUUACAGGUGUUUCUGUACUUGUGGGAUACAUAUCUGUAGUGCUUCUAUUGGCAAUGCUGGCAACAUUUUGCGAGUUUCUGGUAUUGUAUUUUUACCAUCAAGAUCGCCAGCGUGAAAUGAAACCAUCUAUGGUAUCGUUACUACACAUUCUGGCCAAGAUUACAUGUAAAUUAGGUUCAACUGAAGAUACAAAUUCCAUGGUUACGUCAGAAGGUACAAGUAGCACGAGAGUGUCGCAUCACGAUUUACAAGGCUGUUCAAGCUUGCCAAAUGGUGGCCUUGACCCUAAAAAACCAGGCAGACUGUCACCAAUACAUCGUAGGGUGGAGCCUGUGAGAGACAGCUUGCCACCUUUAGAGCCUACACCUCGAACAGAUACCAGUCAUGUCAUGGAACAAGCUACUGUCACAGGCUUACUGCCCGAAAGAAAACCUAUCAUUAAAGAAAUCUUACCAAACAGAUGUCCGUGGCAACAUUUGGCAAAAUGUCUUGACACACUUUUCCUUGUUAUUUUUCUCAUUAUUUCUUUUAUUACACAUUUCAUAUUUCUAGUUGUUCUUGGAACUGGUUCACUGUGAUAAAAUUUGAAUGAGCUUUGGCAAAUUUUCGACACUAUGGUUAAAUGAAUUGAAUUGAAAAAUCACUGUAAAUGUGCUUCAAAUGUUGGUGCAUCCUAAAUAUUUUACAUACUGUGAUGUUGUAGCAAUAUAAGCUAGAUUUCUAAGUGUUUAAUCAUGAAAUCUGAAUGUAUUUGAGCUAGUGACAUUCAACGAGUAUUUGCAAAUUUUCAAAUCAAACAAGAUGUACAUAUUAUUUUACCCCAUCGAUUUUAAGACAGCCAGACUUUGUGGAAUAUGAUGGAGGAGGACUUAAACUUUGUGCAGCUCUAAAUCUGUGAGAUUUUAUAGACAUCUUUCAGAUGUAAACGAAGUCUCUGAGACACUUUUGAAAUUCUUAUGGCAUUACAGAAAAUCUGUGGCACUUAAAAGAAAUCUGCAAGACAUUAAAGAAAUUUGCAUGACACUUUAUGUGACACUAUACAAAUCUAUGAGACGUUCUAGACUGCUGUGAGGCACUGCUGAAAUCUGUGAGACAUUACAGAAAUCUGUGAGACACUAUAGAAUAGAAAUCUGUGAGACACUAGAAAUCUGUGAGGCAUUACUGAAAUCUGUGAGACAUUACAGAAAUGUGUGAGACACUAUAGAAUAGAAAUCUGUGAAACACUAUAGAAAUCUGUGAGGCAUUACAGAAAUCUGUGAGACAUUACAGGAAUCUGUGAGACCUUUAAAAUAGAAAUGUGUGAAACAUUACAGAAAUAUGUAGGACCUGUAAAAUAGAAAUGUGUGAGACGUUACAAAAAUCUGUGAGACCUUUAAAAUAGAAAUGUGUGAGACAUUACAGAAAUAUGUGAGACCUGUAAAAUAGAAAUGUGUGAGACAUUACAGAAAUCUGUGAGACACUAUGAAAUAGAAAUCUGUGAGACAUUACAGAAAUAUGUGAGGCAUUACAGAAAUCUGUGAGACACUAAAAAUGUGGGAGAUAAUGCAGAUAUCUGUGAGGCAUUACAUAAAUCUGUGAGACACUAAAAAUGUGUGAGAUAAUGCAGAAAUCUGUGAGACAUUACAGAAAUAUGUUUGACACUUGAUAAAUCUGUGAGACACUGUAGAAAUCUGUGAAACACUAUAGAAAUGUGUGAAAUAAUGCAGAAGUCUGUAAGACAUUACAGAAAUAAGUUUGAAACAUGAUAAAUCUGUGAAAUACUGUAGAAAUAUGUGAGACAUCAUAAAAAUGUUUUGUUACAUUGGAACAUAAUGUAAAUUUUGUAAAUUUUAUAUUGUUAUAACAUAUUCAAUGCAUUCUUUUACUGGAUCAUUGGUUUAUCAAUUUAGGAAAAUAAUGAAAAUUGAAGGUAUGUUAUAAUUUUGUUUGCUAACAGCUAUCUGUGAUAAAGUCCCUGUGGGUUGUGUGUAUCAUAUCUUAUCAGAGACUUAAACAACAUGCAAUAAAUGCUUUAGUUUAUGUCAGUAAAUAUUGAAUAUAUUCUAUAUAUGGCACAAAUGCAUUACAUUAUUAUUUAUUAUGCAGUAUUGUUUUCACAAUAAAACUUUAUAUAUUUUUAAAUUAUAACUUUUAAAACAAAAAGAGCAGUACUUUAUUAGUCCAGCACAUAUUGUGCUAGUUAUUGUACAUACUUAUUUAUAUUUAUAUCACUUCUUGCUUGUUUUCAACUUAAAUAUGUUAAAAUGUUAGGUCAUUUAGCAUUUGUACAUUUCAUAGAAAAUAUAAAACAAAUAAAAAUAAU